AUGGCGUCCUACCUCGAUGUCCAGCAGCAUCCAGCAUCGGACUCAACUGCAUCGGACAGCCACCAUCCUCAUUCAUUACGAACGCAAGGCGACCCGCAUGCGCACCAGCCUUUUAGACGGUACUACCUUGGUCCCUCACCCGUCUCGCUACAGCAUGCAUCGAGGGUCGCAGCAGCAUUGAGACAAGACGAUGAAACAACAGAUCCCAUCGGCAUUGCAAUUGCGGGCAGGGAAGGCUUCGUCCUCCUUCGCGGACCGGCGGAGGAAGACGAGGAAGAGGGCGAAGACACCGUAGGAGGGCAAAGACUUGGAGAAUCGAGCAAAGCUCCUCACACACGUCGCCAGCCUUCAUUCCACUCGGACAUCAUUGCAAACUCUUCCUCUCGAACUCGCUCAUCCAGAUGGGCAAUGCGCAGGGAUCCAUCUGCCGCUUCAGCCGUCAGCUUUGCCUCUGCUGCAUCCAUGCCUGCGGACACGUCCUCGAGGAACGACUCGCGACUUUUAGCCAGAUCGUCCACGCCGCCUGGAGGACGUAGCAGCCGAAAAGCUUCAGGCAUCCGAAGAGAGGGCUCCGCCAUGGCUUCUCUCGGCGCCGACCUACCAGAUGCUGGGUCGAGAGUUGCAAGCACAAGUCUCGCUGUCCCGUCGGACAGUCGUCGACUGUCUUUCGACAUGUCUGCUAGUGGCAAGGGCAAGGGAAGGGCAGACAGCAGCUCGAGUGUACCCGGACAGCCCUCACAAGCCGUAGCUGCGUGGAGAAGGGCGCAUAAGGGUCUACCAAUGUCCUCGACACCCUUCGACGUUACUCUGGACGAUGCCUAUCAAGGACGAGAUCAUCCAGGUCCAAUACAUCUUCAGGUUCCCUCGGACGAGCCCGUCUCACCCCGUGACAAGCGUUUAACCUUACGCGGCGUCCCUUCGAUCCAAUCACUCACCCCAUCACAACGUUCUUCCCGCCAAUCGCUACGUGGCGAGUAUGCGAAAAAGGGAUGUCAAGACCCGCAGAGUUCAGCAACGCAUCCAACGGAAAGCUCAGAAGCCAAGACAGGAGGCAUCCUCAACAUGCACCGCAUGCAAGGCAGCAGCGAAGCUGAAGCGACCAAAGACUCGCAACAGCAGCAGACGCGCUCUACCUCUGUCGCACACUUCACCACUCCACGGAGACACCCACAGCGAGACGUCUCAACGGCGUCACGCCUUCAUGGCGGCCACAGCCAUGAGCGGGAGACUUCCCGCUACUCUCGUAUGAGUCGCGCCUCAACUGCCCAGACAUUAGGCAGCAACUUCUCAUCCGCCACAGGACGCUUCGCCGCCUCUUUGGGCGCUGGCUCAUUCGGUGCUUCGGGCGGCUUCCGCGCACGCAUCGUCCGCGUCUUCAAGCCUUCCGCCUUUGUCUCUCGCGAAACUCCUGCCGACUCGCCAGAUAAGUUGAGGCAGCGAGGAGCGAGUGCUGCUGAGCUGGCUGGCAAAGUCAAGGAGACACGGCGCAGAUGGAAGGGUGGCGUUGCUCCUGGUCAGGUGGGGACGAGCGCGGGAGGCACCAAGUGGGUAGGGCAGAGCUUCGAAGUUGGCUCGAGAUUCUGGGACGUUGUCGAGCAUCGCGAGAGGGAGGUCAAAGCGGUUAUGCUGGACAGGGAGAGGGACGAGAAGCGACGAGGCAGUGCGGGUGGAGAAAGCUCGCUCUCACACAGGAGACGUGUCUCAGCGGGCGCGCCGGAUGUGAUCAUUGAGGAGCCGCCCGAGGAUGCUGCGCGUGAGGAUGGGCCGAGGAGGGGUGAGAUGGACGGGCCUCGCUCCCUCCACCGAACGCCCUCUGCUGUGCUCAAUCAGUUUGCUAAAGAUGCAAGCAUGAUGCAAGAUCAGCGCCAAGAGCAGAAGGAGGGAAGUGAAGACGGCGGCGACGGGCAUCAACGCUGGCUCAAUCGCCAGCAGCGGAGGGAUCGUGAAGCGAAGGUCUCUGAUGGAGGCAAGUCGGAGGGAGAAGCCGACAAGACAUUGACUUCGAAUGGCAAUGCCAGCUCUGGAGCAUCAAUGAAGGCCCUGCACCCCUCUCAACCUGCGGCUCCCGCCUCUCCGCCUCAGUCUCCAACCAAAACGAAGGUCUCGGACUCUCCUAUCCCCCGACGUACCGCAGUCCGAGAGUCGCCCCGACCCAAGUCCCUCAUCAUGCCCAAGCAGCAGCCUACCUCGCCAACUACGAAUACAGAAUCUGCAGUUGGGAUCGAAGCAAGGCACGGCUGGUCGGAUGUGGCUUCAAUGAUGUCUAAGCACUCCAGCUCUAUUCAGUCCUCGGGUAAGGUAGCAAAGGGGAUCAAGGACCGAGCUGAGCAGCGACUGAGAGAGGCAACUAGGUCAUUCGACCGUAAGGUUGGACCCAAGAGUGGCGGUGGCAGCAAGGACGCUUCAGCAAGGCCGACAUUCAAGCGGGGCCCUUCCACCAUCGGCGAGGAGCACAGUGGCGUGAUGGACCAAUCAACAAGCAUUGCAGCAGCUAGGGAGAAUGUUCCCCAGCUCAAGCUUGAGGAUCUGGCUUCUCCGCCACCGCCAGCGGGGGCGUCUGCUCCUCUCGAAACGAGUAAAACAGGCUGGGAGUCGGCCAAGGAUUACUUUGUUGAUGCGGAGCCUGGCCAGGAGGAGGCGACUGAAGCAUCAGCUGGCUCAAGAGCUCAGCUCGGCGAGCCGAUUGUGUUGAGCCCUCGCACUCUGUCUCAAGACAGCGAAGAAGACGCAGCACCUCGACGCAUGACUCUUCAGGAAGCAACGACCCACCCAGAGCCUCCCCUCUCUGCAGACGAGAAGUACCCCGAGACGACCUUCCAGCUUCUUCGCAAGCCCUCCGACCAAGCUCUGCGCUCCCCAGCGAUCAAGGGCGAAGCUUCGGCAGAUACGGCCAGUGACCAUGCGGUAGUGAUGAACCUGACCUCCUCACCUACAUCGCAUGCCUCGCCUACUUCAUUCGCAAAUGGGGACACCUUUGGGGGAUUUGGGCACAAAGCUCGCACCAUGAGCUCCUCUGCGCCUCAAGCGCCGUCUGUCAUAGGCAGCGACACGCCUCUCUUGAGGGGAAAGGUGAGCACGAACAGUAUUGUGGUACAUGAUGCGCGGCCGGCGGGAGCAUUUGGAUCGCCUGGCAGUCACGGAGGGCUAGCACCUCCGACCGUUGGCAUGAAUGGCAAGGUGGCGAAUGGAGAUGCUGGAGAAACGCGUAAGACGGUCCAAUUCGACAAGCUUCUCCCGAGGCCGACCUUCAAGAGCAGCACGUCCUCUCCGCUACUUCAACCGCCCAAUGGAGGUGCUGCAGGCAACUCCAGCAUUGGCGGUGGGGGCGGAAUCCUUGCUCUACGCCAACGCAGGCCAGGCGACUCCGCACCAGCGCCUCCCGAAGAAGUCCUUUCCCGCGAGUACACAGCAUCCUCCGCCUCUCCCUCUCCAAACACGGAGCGUCCUCAUCUUUCCUUUCUUUCUCCUCGCCACGAAGCGCCCUCUGCCUCUCAACAACCCGCAGACGCGGAGGAAGAGUGGCUCACUCGUCGUUCUAUACUUCGACGUGAUCGCAUGCUAGUCAAGAAUGAUUGGAUUCCCAAUGAGACCUUACCGCAAGACUUGGACGAGACUAUCGUGCGCAAGUUCAACGUGCACCCGGGAGAGUGGAGAGAGUACAUCGUUGUGCUGCGGAUGGGGAGAGUGGAACUGUGGAGUGAUCCGUCCAAGACAAGUCGCCUGUCCGGCCACUCUCACCGUCUGCACCUCUCCUUCGUCAUUCCCCUGUCGCGAGGCUCAACCUACCUCUCCAUGUUCAGCCACGUCGACCGCAUCUUCUGCCUUACCUACUCACAACACUUUGCUGCAACGCACAUAUCCGGCGGCGGGAAGCAUCGAAUGCUCAACCUACGCAAGUCAGGCACCAAUAUCCUCUUGUUCGACGCGAGGGGUAUAAGUGUGGCAGCAGAUUGGGUGUGGGACUUGUGGCGAGAAGUUGGCGGGCUGAUACCAGAGACACUGGAAGUGCACAUUCCCGUGCUGGAUCUGAGGAUCAAGUUCCCUAUUCCAGAGGAAAUGCCCGCUGACGAGGCUGAUGAGGUGACGCAGCAAGUCGCUUGCGGCGAGGGGGAGCUCGCACUCACUAACGGCACGCACCGUGGCGGUGGGGAAGGUUACACGCUGAUCAAUCGCGCGCACCUGUCACGGACCAUCCUUCGCAUGUUGAAGGGGGUGCCAGAGUGGGAGGAACCACUACAAAUCGCCCUCAAACGCGGAGCGAGGUUCGAGCUCGCCUGGCGGCGAGGCUUGACACUGGACUGGGUCAUCCACGACACUACUCUCGACAAUCAGCCGCGCGACUGGUCGGUCCUUUGUGGCUCGGUGCUGAAAGAAGCGCGCCAGCCUGCCUUGCUCGAGUUUAGGGCGGCGAGCCACUACCCUACUACGGUACUCAUGCCCGAUGGAAAGAAGAUGGCUGAGCCUCCCGGCCUGGAAGGGUUCCUAUGGCGUGUGAAGCCCGUCUCCGGGGCUCUGACGAGGCUUUACGUGUCUACGCACGACUACCAGGCGUUCGUUCUCAAAGCGUCCAAAGCUUUUCCUCCGGAUAGGCACAUUGCUGUAGGAGUAGAGUCGUCUGCGGCGUACGAGCAAGGAGUGGGAGGAAACUCGAGGAUCUCAGGCAGUCGGCCUCUCAGCAGGAGCAGGAGCGCUUCGUACCUUGGCGGCGGGUACGGGUACAGCGACGAGAGCGGUGCAGAUGGGCAACGAAGGGGCAGUGCGAACUCGGCUCGACGAGCGAGCGGAGUGCUAUCCGGCCCGCAGUCACGUCCACCGCGCACUCGCGCCGGCCGCAAACGUGCACGCGAUGAUACGGCUGGCGCUCUACGUCAGCACGUCCUGGACACCAUUGCCUCGGUGGCCAGCACAGCAGACGAGGUCGCCGCCCAGAUGGAGGCGUAUCGCGCAUUCGAGCGUCGACGUCAAUUUGACCAGAUCAGCAACGCUGACGGCUUCAUCGACGUCAAAAGCAUCUAUGCUAUCCGCUACCUCGGCGCCACCGACGAGGAAGGUCAUACGCGCAAGCCAGGGCUGGACCCGCCCGUGAGCAUGCCCAUGCCCAUGCCCACGCCACAGGAGAAUGCGCCCGACGAUGAGCCCGACUUGGGCGGCGAGGAGGGGCUGAACAUCGCCAUGGCCAACGGAGGUGAUCGUACUGCCCUGCGUCGCGCAAGGCAAUUCGAGGUGGUGAUGACAAAUGGUCGCUCCACCCGCUUUGAAGCUUACUCGCGCUCGGUGGCAAAGGAGUGGGUGGCUCGCAUGCACGAUCUGAGCGUUUACUGGAAGCGAAGGGAGAAGGUCGACGCACUGGAGCUCAUGGAGGUAAGCGGGUGUGAUCCUGCGCUCAUUCGCCGGCGCAAGGAACAGGACAACCACCAUGCCGGAGGAGCGCUAGCCUCUCACUCGACGCCCAUCGACAAUGCCACGCGCGCCCUUCUUCUCGGGAACAUCUGGCACUGGUGCUCAAUCGCCGGCUGCAGAGGCAUUAUCCACUCAGGUCACCUCUUCGUCAAGCCUCGUCCCCUUUCUCCCUUCCGGUCACGCUUCUACCUCCUCGUAUCUGGCCGCUUGCUCAGCUUCAAGCUCCUCACUUCAACGCGCACGGCGAGGGGAAGGCAGAAUGCUGGUAUCUUUUACAAGCGGCAGGAGAACGAAGCCAAGAUCAUUCCCUUGAGGGACUCGUACGUUUGGACGGGCAAGCUGACUGAGCAGGAGGUCGGGGCAGCGGGCAGGUCCGAAGGAGCGGGCUCGCUGGGUCAAUUCGCCUCUGGUGGGGCUACCGAUACUGGCGGCAAUGGCGAAGGGUACGGAGCCUUCGGCGGUGGCAAUGCGGGCGGAGGAGGCAGGCACAAGGUCCCCCGCAUGUACUCGGAUGGAUUGUUGAGCGUCGAUGAGGAUGAGGACUGCACCUUUGUCAUCCGGUACCGCCCUGUGCGCGCAGGUAAUCAGCCGGCCGACCCCGUUGCUACGCCGCUUGCGCGCAAGGCAGAGGAGGCCAAGGAGAAAGGGGUUGCGCACGGUGAGAAGGGUGCGCCACCCCCUACCGAAGGAGAGGAUGGCGGGAGGGUGCAACGUGAUGAGGGUCAACAGUCAUCCUCCUCGACGCCGAGCACGGCGCCCAUUCCCUCCCUCUCGGACUCGUCGCACACCACGCUCGUGAUGCGCGCCCGAUCCAAGAUGGAGCGCGACUUGUGGGUCAGGGCGAUUGCGCACGAGAGGGAGAGGUUGAUGCGUGAGGAGGAGGGUGGGAUGAGGGAAGUGAGGAUGAGGGCAAAGGGAGAGACGCCUUGGCGCGGGAACUGA